GUCUUCCAUCAUGGACGACGAGGGUGAAAAAGUCCUGGAGGGUAUCUUCGCUGUUGCCAAGCCAGCAAACAUCUCGUCUGCAGAUGUUCUCCUUAAAUUGCAGGAAACUUUUGCGCCAUCAGCCACAUUUGCGCCACUACUCAGGACACAACCCAAGCGCACCAGCAAAUCGUCUGAUCAAGUGUUUCGUCUUGGACACGGCGGGACUCUAGAUCCCUUGGCUGCUGGAGUUCUUAUUGUGGGCAUCGGCCGUGGCACUAAGCAGCUCUCUAAUUAUCUAUCUUGCAGCAAGACUUAUGAGACAGUGGUGCUGUUCGGUGCAAGCACUGAUACUUACGACUGUACUGGUUCCAUAACCCAGGAAGCGGGAUACUCGCAUGUGACAAAAGAGUUGGUUGAUGAACAGCUUGGGACUUUCAGAGGAACGAUACAGCAACUGCCCCCUCUGUACUCGGCAUUGAAGAUUAACGGUAUCAAGGCUUGCGAGUAUGCGCGUCAGGGGAAGGACCUGCCACGAGAACUGGAGAGCCGAGAAAUGCACGUUGACGAGUGUACGCUGCUGGAAUGGUACGCGCCAGGACAGCAUGACUUUGCAUGGCCAGGCAAAGUCGAGCCCGCUUCAGCACCUGCCGCGAAAAUACGACUGACGGUAUGCUCAGGCUUUUACGUUCGCAGUUUUGCACACGAUCUGGGCAGGUCGUGUGAUACGUGCUCACACAUGGUAUCUUUACUUCGAACACGACAAGCCGAUUUCACCACAUCAAACCCACCUGA